AUGCCAAAACGUAGAGCGUCUCCUACUAAGGCUCGCACGAGAAAGGCACAAAAAAUCCUAACAAAGGAUUCUCCCCCAAAGGCAAGCCUCGAAGAACCCAACACAGCAGCAGAAACGACUUCGUUCGAACUAAAGACUCCUGAAUACAAUGGCGAUAGUCAAGGCGGCUUGAUACUUCGAAAGUACUACCCACCAGAACUAUCAGACGAGUGUGCACAUGAAUACAUAAAUGGGGAUCGCCAACGACCUAUUGAAGCCCUUAAAGCAGCUUUGGUCGAAACAUCGAACGCCCGCCAUCAGAUACUAUUGGGCCGCUCUGUCGUUCAUUGGUUUCGUGGAGACUUGAGAUUGUCAGAUAAUACAGCUUUGAAUCUCGCCUCUACAAUGGCCCAAACCAGCGAGAGUGGUGUGAAUGCGACUCUUAUCGCCAUGUACCUUAUUUCGCCAGAAGAUUUCGAAGCUCAUCUCACGAGCCCAGCUAAAGUGGACUUCAUACUCAGGAGCCUAAAGAUCCUACAACAAGAUUUGGAUAAGCUCGACAUACCACUCUACAUCGAGGUUGUCGAGCGCCGUAGAAAUAUCCAGAACCGCGUUUUACAACUGGCGAGUGAAUGGGGCGCCAACCAUGUCUACGCAAACGCUGAGUACGAAGUUGACGAGCUGCGACGGGAUGUGAACAUCAUCAGGAAAGGUGUGGCGAGAGGCAUAUGCUUUAGCGUGCACCAUGACCUUUGUGUUGUGAAGCCUGGGGAAUUGAGUACAAAGUCGACUGGGAAACAGUUCUCUGUUUACACUCCGUGGUUUCGCACCUGGACGGAGUACGUUCAUACCCAUCCUGAAGUUCUUGAAGUUUCUCCUCCACCAGCUGCGAACCCAUCAAGGACACGCGAGAUCCACUCGACGCUUUUCAACUCCCCAAUUCCAUCGGCACCUGAGUCAAAGUCUUUAUCGUCCAAAGAGGCCACAGACCUCGCAAGUCGAUUCCCAGCUGGUGAACACGCUGCUCACAAAAGGCUGAAAAAGUUCCUGAGCGAAAGAAUUGCAAGAUACUCAGACGACAGGAACACCCUCUCUGAGAGAGGCACUAGUAUGCUCAGUGUUCACUUUGCAAACGGCACAUUAUCGGCGAGACAGGCUGUGGCAGCAGCAAGAGAUGCUAACACCACGAAGAAGUUAAACGCAGGGAGUAUGGGGAUUAUAACUUGGAUAUCAGAAGUGGCUUGGAGGGAUUUUUACAAACAUGUUUUAUGCAACUGGCCUCACGUGUGUAUGAAUAAGCCCUUUAAGCCUGCUUACGCGAAAAUCAAAUGGCCUACAACGCCGGAAGCGGAGACUUUGUUCGAGGCCUGGCGCACAGGUCGCACAGGCAUCCCUAUUAUCGACGCCGCAAUGCGUGAGCUCCUCACUACAUCCCACAUGCACAAUCGUGCACGUAUGAUCGUGGCUUCCUUCCUCUGCAAGGACCUCCUGGUUGAUUGGCGAAGAGGAGAGAGGUUCUUUAUGGAGCACCUCAUCGAUGGUGACUUCGCUUCCAAUAAUGGAGGGUGGGGGUGGAGCAGCGGUACUGGGGUAGACCCGCAGCCAUGGUUUCGCAUUUUCAAUCCCCUGAGGCAAAGCGAGAAGUUCGACCCGGAGGGCGUCUAUAUUAAGCAAUGGGUAGAGGAAUUAAGAGGUAUUGAAGGGAAGGCUAUUCAUGCGCCCUUCGAAAGAUUAGAUAUCGAAGAGUUUAAGAAGUUGGGAUAUCCAAAACCGUGUGUGAACCACGAGACAGCGAGGAAGAUCUGCACAAUUAUGUACAAGGAGGCUCUGGGAAAGUAA